CUUCACGCGUGACGUUACAUACAUGAACUCCGAGUCCUCAGCUUCCAUAACCCCAAAAUUUACACUCAUAGCUCCUGAACCACGUCACUCAUCCACAUCCUUGUGCGACGCUUGGCUGCGCGCCAUCGAAGAACACUUUCCUGACCCAAUCGACUCACCCUUCACCGUCAUACAGGGUAAGCUCCAUGACGUACAUCCUGAACGCUUGCGCUGCGAUUGUGUGGUGUCCCCCGCCAAUUCAUUCGGAAUCAUGGAUGGCGGAUUUGAUCAUGAACUCUCUCGUUUUUUCAACGGGACAGGUGAUAUGUGGCGCUUGACCAAUCAUUGCCAGUCUUACAUUCGAGAUCUCUGGCAUGGUUACAUCCCCCCUGGUUCCUGCAUGAUAGUGCCGCUUCCUGAUGAUGCCGCUGGUGCAGACAACCCGUGGGAUGCACGCGCUCUUGCCAUAUCACCUACGAUGCGCACCCCAGAGGAUGUCAGUUGGCACCAAGACCUCGUUUACAAUACAAUGUGGUCCCUUUUGGUGCAACUCGAGCGGUGGAAUAAAGUCUCUGACACCGACGGCCGCGCUAAGAUUCAAACAGUCUUGAUGACAGGGUUUGGGACGGGUACCGGAGGCAUCGGAGUGGACAAGUGUGCACAGCAGAUGGUGCUUGCGGUGAAGCAUUUCAAAAUGCCCUUGGCUGACCGCGUGCGUUGGAAUGAUGUAGAGCAGCGGGCAAGGGACGUCCAAGCAACUGUGGACUCCCAUUCCGUUGGCAACGCUAGAACAGUCUAGGACCGUUUGUACUACUAACAUUGGCAGCUCCCAUCUUGAUCUUUGCGGGAGCCCUUGCCCUGAAUUAAGUCGAUCCCCCUCAGCGCGAGUACUUCCCAUACCUAAAUUGAUUCACAUGUCUGAAUAUUGUUCCU